UAUCACAGCAGCAAUAUUGCUACCAAGCACCACAGCUCCAAUCGACCUGUUCAGUACUUCAGCUAUCCCUCUGUACACCAUCUCUACUUCAUUCAGCAUGGUUCACACGGCCGACUUUGAAAUGUAUCCUGCAUCUCCCGUCUCAGUCCUUUCUCUCGAGAUGUUCAGCCGCGUCUGCUGCGACCUGGAGAGCGCGUGCAAUCUCGACUCUUACAAUUCCUCGGCGGAGCCUGAUGUGCCUUAUUUCCGCGACUCCCUCGAUUACAACACCUGCGACAGCGAGUCGGCGUGCUGGGAAGCCGAGUUGGCCUGCAGCCCGAUCUGGAUCGACGAGGCGAGGUCGAGAAUCCGCAGCGCGGCUCUCGCGGUGGUUGAGACGCAGCAGCAGUCGCUGCAUCUGACGUCGCUCGCCGACAGCAACAUGCACGAAGCUGACCUUUUCGAGCUCGACGUUGCCGUCAACGGUGGCUCUUGCGUGUCGCCGAAGUCUUCUAAGAGCAGCAAGGCUGGCGUCUUUAGCUUCAUCGCAGCGUCCUUGCGCCUAAGGAAGUGAAAUCAGGAACUUCCUCCUUACUAAUCCAACGCAGCGUGGUGCUCACGCUGCAUAACAUUAACUUCUAGACUGUAGGCCAAUGACCUGGUUCUUGUGUAUGGAUACGGCGCUGCCGGCCUUACUAUGGCGCGUCUCUGCAAAUAAGGGAAAAUCCAUUAUUGGCUGUGUUUCGGCUGUCUUUUUGCCCCAAUCUUGAGAAACACGGAGCGUGGUACAGAAGGCCGCACUUCCCCGUGGCUGUUUGAAUGAGUAAUUAUGCGUGUGUGGAUACUCCACAUGUCGAAGAGCCGUUAUAUGCCUAGUGUAACCAACUGUUUGUUUGGGUCGAUUAUAUUUCUGGUGGUAGUGUUCAGGUCGUUUCCUCUAACGCGAAUAUCAGUUCGGCCAAUCUCAAGCCGUCUUCGCCUUCGCAUCUAGUCGACGAACGGUUCUCGUUGCUCCACAGCUCGCCAUAUUCUGGCCGUCAAUCACGAAUAUCCGCUGCGUCGCAGGCCUCUCGUUUCGAAUUCCCCAGAAGCCUCGUUGAUUCGUUCAGCGUGAAUUCGCAAGACACCACGAUAGUGCUACGAGCAUCACUGAAACGGGUAACCAGAUUACAGAGUGUCGUGAGGAUUCCAGUCUGGCGCUCUGUGGCCCACACAUUCGCCUUGAGAAUGUCUGUCAUUUGCCUGACAGACCAUCGAUCUGUCCGCACUUUCAUCCAUUUCCUCUUCAAGCUUGCCUCUCCUCGCCUCGAUCACUCCAGCCUUGCUCGCCGCCUCGCUGGAAUGCAUACCAUCUCGCUACCGCUCUGUGCGCAACACAUCGCCACCGUUGCGACCGUUCCGACGACCGCCAGCGGUCAGCUCGGCGGAUCACAGUCCCGAGUUUCCGCCAGAAGCAGUGUGUCCUGCACUCGCGCGUCAGCCAGGCAGGAAAGUCCUCUAGAGACUGACAGUGCGCCUCUUCCACAGGCAGAGAUCUUCCCUGCCAAGCCCGUAGAGCAGCAAAGCGAGCAAAGCCAGAGGAGCGAGCAAAGCCAGAGGAGCGAGCAAAAGCAGCGGGUUUCAGCCGUCGAAGCUCCCCGUCGACUGGUCGUGCUGCUACCCAUGGCGGCUGCAGGCGGAAUCUCCGUGGGGACUCUCGCGGGGCCGCCCAUGCCGUUCGCAGCGUCGCAGGCGGCGGAGGCUGCGAUGGCGGAGGCGUCGGAGGCCUCGUACGUGGCGACGGCAGCCGUCAUGCCUCUGGCGCAGAAAACAAGCGUUGUGAACGAGCCGUUGUCGCUCCGCGCGCUGCCCCCCGUGCGGCAGCUGCGCGCGGUGCUGUUCGACAUCGACGGCACGCUGACGGACUCGGACCCGCUGCACUUCCUCGCGUUCCAGCGCAUGCUCGCCGACGUGGGCUUCAACGGUGGCCGGCCCAUCGACGAGGCGUUCUUCCGCACGAGGAUCAGCGGGCGCCACAACCCUGACAUCGGCAGGGACCUGUUUCCGGAGUGGAGUGAGGAGCGGCGCACGGCGUUCCUCGACGAGAAAGAGGCUCUCUUUAGAAGACUAGCAGGGGACCACAUCAAGCCAGUGGAGGGGCUGGAUCGCCUGUGCACGUGGAUAGAGGCCACAGGGUUGCGCAGAGCCGCAGUCACCAACGCCCCGCGGGAGAACGCGGAGCAGAUGCUGGCGGCACUGGGCCUCUCCUCCUUCUUCGAGCAUCUCAUCAUCGGGUCUGAGUGCGAGAGGGCCAAGCCUUUCCCCGACCCUUACCAGGAGGCCAUGCGGCGGUUCGGCGUGCGGCCCGAGGAGUGCUUUGCUUGUGAGGACUCCCCGUCUGGCAUGCGAGCAGCAGUGGCAGCAAAUCUUGCAACAGUGGGUGUACUGACUGGCAACACUGAAGAUGCCUUGUAUAAAGCAGGGGCAGCCAUUGUCGUGAAGGACUAUAAUGAUCCACUUUUCUGGUCGCAGCUCACAGCUUGAAGGUCUGGCACCUCAUGGAGAAGGAAAAUGGUAGGGUUGUUUUAUUGUGCACAUCCAGCUCUAGAUGGGAUGUUGAAAGUUAGGAAAUAGCGUUUGAAUGGACAUGUUUAUGCUGCAGUGUAUUAUAUUGAGCUUGUUUGUUGAGAACACAC